UCUAAACUGUCCAUAGAUGUGCGAAUGUAGAUAUGCACUGAGUCACCAUUUUAAUGCAUGAAGUAUCCUUAAAUGGAUGUAGAAGAUACAGGACCAACCACGUGGGGUGGUUUAUAGUUGUUAUACUUGUACAAGUAUGGAGUGUAUUCCCUCAGCAAAUUGUCUGAAAAGCAAAAUGAAUGUCUUCAUUUUGGUGCAAGCGUCACUUUUUUUUUUUUUUGCACACGGUUCUUUAGGCUGCCGAACGAAUGCAGCGUUUGACUGUUUGCACACUGGCUGCACGGUAAUGAUGCUUAAUCAACUUCAAACCAAUUUGUGUAUGUUUUGCCUCCAAUUUGUGCGAGAUUCUCUUCAGCUGUGACCUUCACCCUUGCCAGUCAUGUUUAAUUCCAAGAAUCCCGAGAGAGUUGGCCUAAUCUCUGAUCUCAAACGUACCUACAAUAACCAUGGAAGCAUCACUAGCAGCCUAGCGCCUGUGAAACAAGAUGGCACUGGUGGCAUCAAACAUUGCCAUGACAACAGCCAUGCACAGGAUGACCGCGAGAGAGAGAAGAAAGUUGCCAGGAAGCAGUUGUAUGUGGUGUCCAUCGUUUGCCUGAUUUUUAUGAUUGGUGAAAUCCUCGGGGGGUAUUUUGCAGGGAGCCUCGCAGUCAUGACCGAUGCCGCUCACCUGUUGGUGGACUUCAGCAGCUUUCUCAUCAGCCUCUGUUCCCUCUGGCUCUCCUCCAGACCGGCGACACACAAACUCAGCUAUGGCUGGCACCGUGCAGAAACCUUGGGUGCACUGCUGUCGGUGUUCACCAUCUGGCUGGUAACAGGAGUCUUGGUUUACUUGGCUGUGGAGCGCCUCAUCAGUGAUGAUUACACAAUCGAUGGCAUGGUCAUGCUCAUUACAUCGGGCUGUGCUGUUUUAGCUAAUAUUAUUAUGGCCCUCACCCUUCACCAAUCUGGGCAUGGCCACAGUCACGGAGGGCUCUCUUCACAUGACCACAGUCACAAGAAAGGGAAAGGAGACUCCCAGAUUUCCAACGACACUCAUUCCACUAACAAGCUUGACAACGUAGAGCCAAACAGAAAUAAUCCCGGGGGGCGGGUGCAGCAGGCCAACGCCAGUGUGCGUGCAGCCUUUGUGCACGUGUUGGGGGAUCUCCUCCAGAGUCUCAGCGUGCUCGUCAGCGCCAUCAUCAUCUUCUUCAAGCCAGAAUACAAAAUAGCUGACCCCAUCUGCACGUUCCUCUUCUCUGUAUUGGUUUUGUGCAGCACCUUCACCAUCAUGAAAGAUAUUCUCAUUGUCUUGAUGGAAGGUACCCCAGCAGGGGUAAGGUAUAGUGAGGUCCGGCAUGGUCUGUUGGCAGUUAAAGGGGUCUCGGCGGUCCACAACCUUCACAUCUGGGCCCUCACCGUCAACCAGGCUUUGCUGUCUGCGCAUGUGGCCAUCGGUGAGUCAGUGGAUGCUCAGACAGUCCUGCGAGAAAUGACACAGGCCUGUUACUCAUCUUACAACUUCCACUCGGUCACCAUCCAAAUGGAACGACAGGCCGACCUGAAACCUGGUUGCUCCCUGUGUGAGGACCCAAAGAUGUAGUAAGCUUGAGUAAUCAUUGCAUUUGUUGACAAUAAUUUUUUUGUUCAAUAAAUGCGUAACUGUUGAGAUUGUACUUGAAUGAGAAGCAGCAGUUAAAUAUAUUUUCUAAUCUGAGAAUCUCAAUGUGCUCGUCAUUUUAUGUGAUGUUUUAACUUCUAUUUUAAAUGUUUUAUGCUUCUACUGUAACAAUUUCUGGACGGUACUUUUGUCAAAGUCUGCUUUCAAUACUUUCACAAAACCACCUUUUUCAACAGUGUUGUAAAUUAUGUUAAGAUGAAUUUUUCAAUAAAUCAAUAGACCAAGA